UGUGGCGGGUAUAUAAGGGCCUGCUGGAGGCGUGUGUGCAUGUGUUGUGUGGAGUUGAACGCACUGGCUCUCGUUGAUCUCAGAGAGCGCAGCAGCAGAAGGAGCGCAACUUUACUGCAAACUCACAAACUUCUCCUGCGUUCAGACACAAAUUGGACUAAUAAUCAGAGAAACCGACCUCAUUUCUGCAUAAUGGAGUUGCGGAUUAUUUUCCCCGUGUUGUCCGUGCUUUCUUCUGGCAUCUUUCACACAGCUGCUCUGCCGGCUCGGUCUCUGACCGAAGGUGCGGCGACUCCCGGCCCCGCGCGCCACUCCAGGACCAAGCGCUGCUCGUGCGCCAGUUUCCUGGACAAAGAGUGCGUGUACUUCUGCCACCUGGACAUCAUCUGGGUGAACACUCCAGAGCGCACAGUGUCGUACGGGCUGGGCAACGCGCCGCGCAGGAAGCGCUCUGCGGCACGACCGGCCAGCAACGACCCCGCGCGCUGCAGGUGUGCGGACAGCAUGGAUGGCGCGUGUGCCUCAUUCUGCCACACGGACUACCCGGCUCGGCGUAAGGCAGCGCCUGACAAGGUGAUCCCUACUGCCUGCGGCCACGACUGUGCCAAGAAGCAGCGCAAACACGACGUGGCAGCCCAGACACGGAGUAUGAAAAGGGUCCAUAAGAGUGCUGUACCCUCUCUGACCACCAAGCAGAUUCGGCUUCUCCUGGAGAAAUGGAGGUUCAGACGGUUCCACAAGGCACAAGCUUGGGUUGCUGAAAAUACCAUGUCUUAGAGGCAGGAGUGAGGUCCUCAACUUGCCAUGCAAGACUCAGCAAGGGGUUCCAAAGCUAAGGGACUGUUCUCCCCAAGCUGCUGAUGAUGCCUUGCAGUCCAUGAGGUAUGAUGGGACCUUCUCCCAGAGACCCUGCAAAUGUGACUGCCUGAGUCGUAGUGUUUGCAGAGUAGCCUACAGAGCUGAGAAGCUGUGGCAUGCAAACAUUGCAUGCUGACACUUUUUAGGCAUCAUGUAUUAGGAGAGAAACCACCUGCCGCUGUAACAUCCAGUGGAAAACAACAUCAAAAUGAAGAUAUGAACCUGGAGGGCACUGGAAAACUCAAGAAACCAAGAAUUUCUUCAUGAGUUUAAAGUCAUAUGUGGGAGAACCAGCUCUUGGACACUUUUAUGUUUUUGAAUUGGGACUUCAGCAGGGACACUCAAGUGCUGCAUCAAUAACCAAAGUCAACUCAAGACAUCCCUGUAGUAAUCGCACAAAAGUAGCAUGUCACGAUGAAACAUAAUGUUACACCUGGAGAAAUAGAGUCAGAGCGAAUUACUGGGUGUGGCAUGAUGUUAUUCCAGAAGCACCCUGUGACCUUCACUGAUAGGGCUUUUGUUUCGAUGUAAUACUGGAUAUCUUCCUUAUCAUGUCUGACAUGUUCACUUCUGUCUACAUGCUGUAUAAUGACUUCGCUCUGAAUAUAUAAUCAAUGCAAAUGGAUAUUUAUUGAAAUAUUUAGGUUAAAGAACGUAUUUAUUAUCAAGCCAUAUUGGCCCGCCUUUUCGACUGUUAUUAUAUUUCUAUGAAAUGCUAUCACUUUAAAGCCACUCUUGUGGUCUGCAUUGUAGGAAAUAAAUAAUUAACUUUAUUUAUAAUAUCA